AGUAAUACACUGGUAUUGUAAUCAUGGGUAUUGGAAUCUCACAAUGAGACAAGGACUCAUCUGGUGUCAUCAGCCCUUUUGAGAAUUGGACAUUAUUUUCUUUUAAUGGAACACCUGGGCUCCACUGACUCCCUGUCACUUGGGCAGCACAGCUAAACUUUUCCAUAACAGGGAGUCACCCUGCUCCAGUUCCUGUGGUUCUGCUAUUAAAGUAAUGUAUAUGGUAUAAAGCAUACCUGUAGCUGUUGUUUCUGAUGUUCUUAUUCAGCUAGACCCAGGAGCCGGUGGUGACAGGCAUGCAGUUGGGGUGGCUGCUGUUUCUCCUCCAGGGAGUGUUGCUGAGCCCAUAAACAACUUCAAUGAAAAAGCCAGCCCUUGGGGCAGUGUUUAAAGCAUGGUAAUGUUUGUUCACAGAAAGAAGGAAGUGUUUGUGUUCGACCCUGCUGAGAAUCUUUACAACCACUGGCUCUUAAUAAUCGCCAUUCCUGUACUCUAUAACUGGUGCAUGCUGAUAGUUCGGGCCUGUUUUGAUGAUCUGCAAACUGAAAACUACAUUCUUUGGCUGGUUCUGGAUUACAUUUCGGAUGCCCUCUACAUUAUGGACACUGCUGUUCGGCUCCGCACAGGUUUCCUUGAGCAGGGGCUGAUGGUAAAGGACCUGGCCAAACUUAGGGAGAGCUACAUCCACACCCUGCAGUUCAAGCUGGAUGUGAUCUCCAUCUUACCGACAGACCUAGCUUACAUCGCCACAGGCAUCCACACCCCUGCACUUCGCUUCAACCGCCUUCUGCGCUUUCCCAGGAUGUUUGAGUUCUUCAACCGGACAGAGACACGCACCAACUAUCCCAACAUUUUCCGCAUCUGCAAUCUGGUGCUCUACAUCCUGGUUAUCAUCCACUGGAAUGGCUGCAUCUACUUUGCUAUCUCUAAGGCCUUUGGAUUAGGGUCGGACACCUGGGUCUUUCCCAACUUUACAGACCCCACUUACAGCAAAUUGACUCAAGAGUACAUCUACUGUCUGUACUGGUCUACUCUCACACUCACCACCAUUGGAGACAUGCCAGCCCCGGUAAGGGAUGAGCAGUUUUUGUUUGUUGUUUUUGAUUUUCUGGUUGGGGUCUUGAUCUUUGCUACUAUUGUGGGAAAUGUCGGAUCCAUGAUCUCUAACAUGAACGCCACAAGAGCGGAAUUCCAGACCAAGGUCGACUCUAUCAAACACUACAUGCAGUUCCGCAAAGUGAGCAGAGGGAUGCAGGCCAGGGUCAUCAAGUGGUUCGACUACCUCUGGACCAACAAAAAGACUAUGGACGAAAAGGAGGUCCUCAAAAGCCUGCCAGACAAGCUGAGGGCUGAAAUAGCCAUCAACGUCCACUUGGACACCUUAAAAAAGGUUCGUAUCUUCCAAGACUGUGAGGCCGGGCUUUUGGUUGAGCUGGUUUUGAAACUGAAGCCUCAGGUUUAUAGUCCUGGGGAUUACAUCUGCCGGAAAGGGGACAUUGGAAAAGAGAUGUUCAUUAUUAAGGAGGGGAAACUGGCUGUGGUAGCUGAUGAUGGGAUCACCCAGUAUGCCCUCUUGACAGCCGGAAGCUGUUUUGGGGAGAUCAGCAUCCUUAACAUUGAAGGCAGCAAGAUGGGCAACAGGAGGACAGCCAAUAUCCGGAGCAUGGGCUACUCUGAUCUCUUCUGCCUCUCUAAGGAUGAUCUGAUGGAGGCACUGAUUGAGUAUCCAGAUGCUAAGAAGAUGCUGGAGGAGAGGGGCCGGGAGAUCCUGGUAAAAGAAGGAAUGCUGGAUGAGUCAGCUGGGCAAGGGGGGGUGGGGGAGGUGGAGGAGAAGAUAGAGAGGCUGGAGUCCUCCUUGGACAACCUGCAAACACGCUUUGCUCGGCUGAUGACAGAGUACAACUCCACCCAGCUUAAGCUGAAGCAGAGGAUCACCUUCCUUGAGAGGAGGGUCAAGAACCUGGGCAGUGGGUACCUCUCUGAUGGGAUGGACAGCACCAAUGACACUGACGGAACCCGCAGUGAGGGCAUGCAGUGGCCCUCCCUCCCAACCAAUUAACUUUAUCAAAUGCUUUUAUUGAUUGCUUUCAAUUGUAGGCUGAGACUGUUGGAAGGUCUGCUAUCCUAUGUAACCCGCACAAGAUUGAAUCACUAUAUAAACAAUGCAAAAGUACAUGUGAAAUACUAGGUCAGUGGAAUCCCAAAGUUAUGAACACAUAGGGAAUGGAAGAUGUUCAUAACAAUGACAUGUUUAUAACUCUGAAACUGAUACUAUUUUCAAUGAUUUUAUGUAUGUGUACUGUGUUAAUAUAAGAUCUACAUCUUUAAUAUGAUAAAUAAGUUAAAAACAAAAAAGAAGACAGGAGAGCUAUGUUUAACUUGUAAAAUUCAGUGUUGGAUGUCUUUUACAGUAGCCUUGGUUAAGCUUUAAGUGGUGUGCUUGGUUGAACAGUCAGUGUGUUGUUUGUAACUUUGAGGCUCAACUGUAUUAAAGACUAUUUUGUUAUAAUAGACCAUCAACCUCACCUUCAGCCCAGAAGUAAUCAAACCAUUCAUAAAGGCUGGCAAUUCACCAGUGUAGGAUAUUUCUGGUUAGAUAUUAGGCCAGAUGUUUUUUUAUAAAUCACAGAGUUCAUCAUUUGGGAUUUCAAAUACUAGUGUAUCAUAGUUUUUCUCUAUUUCAUGCUCAACUGUAACUUAAAUUAUUGUAAAUUACCUCACCUAAAGGUCACUUGAACCAUAGUGAUCUUUACACAGACACGGCAACUUAUAUAAUUUAACUUGUUUAAACAUGUAUACUUGUUACUCUUGUGUUGGAAUUACAGUCUUGUAUCAUAUGUAUGACCAUCUAAGAU